AUUAGAGCCCGAAUUAUCAUACUAUAUAUGACUAUUUUUUAUAAAUCAAGUAAGAGUUUGUGGUCUUGUUUUACAUACAGAACGAUGGGACACUCAUGAUCUAUGUAUACCCAUAAACAUUCUUUGGUUAUUAAAGCCUUACAGCGUAUACGAUAACAAUUUAAGUCCACGUGCUUUGUUUUCUUGUUCCGCUAAUUUGGCAAAUACAAUAGAAUCGAACAAUGUCGUCUAAAUACGUUGUAGAUCUAAUUUUAUGUCCGAACGUUAACAAAACACGCAACAAUUUGUAUAAAUAUUUAGUUAUUAAUGGGAGGAAACAUAGACUACUGGUGGAGUGUCUACCAAGGAUAGAUUUACGUUGUUGUUCGGGAGCACUAUUUCCAGAUGGGGGCAUCUGCCAGUGCAAAGCGAGGUCAGUAAGCACUGUCACAACGUCCGCAGAUAUAUUGUGUAUUUCGAUUACGACACAUUACGAACUUUUUGAGUUUGAUGCCGCAAACUCUUUUAAAUCAACACAUCAGAAAACAAACAUACAUAUUAAACAGUUUAAUCGUUUUGUAAAAACACACAAAAAUAACAAGAAGUUGAAUCUCGUUGACUGUAUAAAAAUUGUGUCCACUAACACGACCAAACAAACAUAAUAAAUCCUAUGUGAUAUAAAAUAAACAAAAAAGUCAAAGUCUUAAUGUUUUAACUACGUUUGCUCUUAACUUUUGUAUGUCUGCCAGCCAGCAUAAGUGUUUUUUACGUUGCAAAACAUGUUGUAAUUUACAUUCAGAGUCCUCCACUAUUGCAAUUAAAACUUCGUUGUUUACACAAAUAACAGCAAACGCCAGUGCCGCCGCUGACAUAGGGGAAUUCCCUGCACUCCGAGAGCUCCACUCGGUGAUAGCAAGGCUAGAGAGAGCGACAAGAAUCAACCAGGAGCUGGACGCAGUCAUCGAUGCUGUCAAGCUUAAUGCCAGGGUAACCGACGCUGACGUUACACAGUCAGUGCAAAACGUAUCGCAACAGCUUGUGAAGUACUGCACCGCUAUUACAGACACUUUGAAAACACUAAGAACAAAGCUUAGCGAACUGUCGGAUGCUGCAAUCACAAGGUGUAAAGAACAAUCGGCUAAUGACCACACGGGCCAAGUUCAGCAACACAUAAAUUUUGUGGAUGAUCUUAUUACGAAUGCCAAAAAGCGCAUUGAAACAGUAAACACUGACAACAACAACUUACCAAACAUGGUAUCCGCACUGAAGCGUCAAAUACACGAACUUGAGCAGGUUAAAGAAGAGGUAAAAUUGUCUCGUGGUCUUGACAGCGCAAGAUCGACGACAAGUGAAAGAUUAACCUCUCUUUUGCAAAAUGAUGGAGGACAGUUUAUAUUGGAAGAUAUUCUUAAAUGGCGCGAAGAGGCAUUGAGGCUGAGAAGGAAAUAUGAAUCUCUUCUUGACGAUAAUGCAAAGCUAGAAAAUAUUAAUGAAGAAAGUGUUGUAUCACUUGAAGAUUCCAACAGGCGUUUACUCAAAGAGCUGGCGGAGCUUAGAACCGAAACUAUAAAUGCAGAUAGUCGUGCUGAGAAGGCUCAUAUCAGAGUGCAAAAGAUUGAAGAAAAACUUCUCGACGAGAGGUUAUCUCAUGAAGUGGAGGUAAAUUACUUGCGAGCUUUAUUAGAGAAAAAAGAUUCUACUAUUGAAACUCUGAUGAUAAACUCGCCCCGCAGUCCGAUUGCAGACAAAGAUGCUGUAAGGCCCACUCCAGAAGGCUACGAAGAUGAGGCGGCAUCUAAAAGUAAACCGGAUUCAGUGAACACAACAGAUGAUAAAAAAGAAAUAAAACCUUCCCCCAACAAAAUCAAUGAAACAGGUAAAGAAACAAACGACGAAAACGACGUUGAUUCGUUUAGGGAAUGGAUUCAGGCAUUCGAUGGCAACAAAACUCAAAUCAAACCAUCUACUGAUAAAUUGAAACAAGAAGAGGACGAGGAGGCGAAAAUCAAAGACACUUUAGACAAACUGCAAGUCAGCUUAGAUGGUAAGAAUACAGACGAUACCAAACCGCUUAUAAAGGAUGUCAACGAUAUAGGUGUUGAGACUGAACACGAUCAACAGAAGACCCAACCUGUGACAAGGAAGAUUAGCCCAGUCAAGAAAAAGGUAAAAGCAGUGACAGUUAAAGAACCUGAAAAGACGCAGGGCGGUAAGAUGCAGGGUGGCAAUGCACAGGCAGAACAACGACAGCAAUCUUUUGUGGACGAAUUUACAAACAAAAACAAAGUACACCCCCAGCAAGCCCUCGUGUCGCACAAGAUUGCCUCUGACGUCAGAUCGGAGGGCACGAAGAGCAAACGUCCAGAUUCAGAAAAAGUUGUCGUUGUCAGUGAAGGCGCCAUGAAAGAAAUAAUAUACCGACGAAGCGACGGCGACAUUGAUGGCAACCUGUCCUACCACAAAGGUGUCGGCGCCGUCAUCCGGACGACGUGCGGCACGUUCGGCGUGGACAGCGUGCAGUGCGAGAUCGUGGACGGCCUGCAGAAUGACAUGCUGCCAGACUUCGUGGAGGGCGAGCGGCCCAUCAGUUUUCACAUACAUUUCCAGCAAAAAUACGGCGCCAAGUUUGACCUACAGGGUGACGAAACGCUUGCUGUUUUCGUGCCGCAUCGGCCUGUGGGCGAGUUCGAGGAAGUUAUUCUCGUGCAGAGCGUUGAGGGCGGCGACUGGGAGCCGUGUGACACUUACCAGGGCGCGCCCUCGUCCCUCGACAAGAGCGUGCAGGUGAUCGGGACGGAGUUCCGGGACAUCACGGACGUCAAGCUGGUGGUAAUAGCUAGGGAGAGAACGGACAGCAUCAUCGCCGGGGAAACACACGUCAGCCACGUGUCCAAGUUCGACCCCACAGUUGUUGUAAACAUCAGACCAGAGGCAUUCCGUGUGCGAACCGAAGUGAAACUAAUGGUGCACCACCGCCACCGACAGGAGAUGCUGUCGGCGAUCGAGAUCCACGGCGAGUGCAAGCGGAUCAUGUCAUGUACGGCGUUCGUGUCGCUCCAGUGCGAGCAGGUGACACGCGAGGACAUCUCCGUUGUCAUGGAGCUCCAGGAGGACACAGAUGCGGAGUGCAGGUACACGAUGUUCAGCCUGGAGGACUCCGGCUGGAAGCUGGCCGACUGUGACUGGGAGAAGGAACACAAGAAGCUGCUAGUACAUCUGAGGUCUGGCACCAAGAAAUACAGGAUGGUGGGUCUUGAGCUGCCACGGGACAUGACGGUGGAGGAGCGGCUGGCGGCAGUGCGCACCCUGCACGAGCACACCGACCACCACCUGGCCCGCCUGCUCUUCCGGCAGCGUCAGGACACGCCAGACCAGGCCGUCGUUCUCUGUCUCAGGUCGAGGCUCAUCAAGAAAGGUACCGCACGAGGUAUCUACCAGUUGAACGAAUUGGGCUACAACAUCGGCGGCUACCCGAGCUCGCAGUUCUGUCUGGUCAACGGCGACCGCCUCGUGCUCGAGUUCAGCGGUGACGUCACUGCGCAGCCAGUUAACGCAGAGAACAUGGAGAUGACGUUCUACUCGCAGAAAGAGAUUUCAACGCGACAGCUACGGCUGAUGGCGGACACGAGCGGCCCCCGUGCCGACACAGACAUGCUGCAGGGCUGUCUGAACGCUUCCCGGUACCAGGAGCGCGACAAGAUCCUCCUCGGCGAGACCAUCUACCUGCCCACCAGCGGCGCCUUCGACGAGAGCUUCAUCGAGAAGUACCAGGAGGCCUCCACCCUAAGAGCCACUGACAGCACGCUCUCGCCGAGGACAACUGACCAACACUGACAGCACGUUCUCGCCGAGGACAACUGACCAACACUGACAGCACGCUCUCGCCGAGGACCACUGACCAAUACUGACAGCACGCUCUCGCCGAGGACAACUGACCAACACUGACAGCACGCUCUCGCCGAGGACAACUGACCAACACUGACAGCAGCUCUCGCCGAGGACAACUGACCAACACUGACAGCACGCUCUUGCCGAGGACAAUUGACCAACACUAAAGGCCACUGACAGCACGCUCUCGCCGAGGACAACUGACCAACACUAAGGGCCACUGACAGCACGCUCUCGCCGAGGACAACUGACCAACUUUGACAGCACGCUCUCGCCGAGGACAACUGACCAAUACUGACAGCACCCUCUCGCCGAGGACAACUGACGAACACUGACAGCACGCUCUCGCCGAGGACAACUGACCAACACAUGGAGUAAUCAUAUCGCUAUGAAUACAGGACGAGAAAGGGAGAUACACAUUUCGGUGCUGAUAAGUUAUCGCAAAAAAGGAGACCCGACGUGAUCGAUUAAAAUACCUACAAUGGCUGCUGGAAUAUUAAAAUUUAAAUAUAGAUACAUGAACAUAUACGAGAGUUCAAUAUCAAUUAUAUUUCGUUAUGUUUGCUGUUUUUAAUUGUGUGAUCUUUUUUAUCAAUAUUACGGCUCAUAUCAGUGACUGAUAAUAACACUUCGCACAAUAAUGGGCUCUUUUCGCGAAUGACGUCAUGCUAAGCCAAAAUGAACCACUGAUAGUCAGCUCUCUCUGGUAAACUUUAGUGAGAUCAAGCGACACUCAUAAUGACGGGGCAGCGAAUAAAAAGAAACACACUAUUAGUACAAAUAUUUUUUUUUAGAGUCCUAUUUACAGUUUAAAUACCAAUACAUGUUUGCUGUUACAUACAAUGCUCAUUUACAACAACGUGUUAUUCUUAGAUUAACAAGAGGGCUAAACACACUCGUGCGCUUACCUGAGACCCACAUUUAUCUGCUUUUGUCAUGUUUGUUUAAUAAAUCUGACUUCUGACCAAGCUUUAUGAACACUUGAUGACACAGUUUUAUCUGGACAGUGACAUUAUUGGAAUAAAUGUUUUGCCCAAGAAUGAAACGACGAACGACGGACCAAACGCGGUCACAAAAGCUCACAAUGAGUGCAUUGUGCUCAGGUGAACCAGGAACAGUGUAAUGAACAUGUAUGUAAAAUAUUUUGUUUAUUGGCAAUAAGUAAACAGCAUUGAUUUAUUGAUGUAUACGUGUUAUUAGACAUUGUAGUACACUAUUAUCAGCCUCUGCUUUUUAUUGAUAUCAAAACAUAAAAUGUAAACUGCAGAUCGAAUAUUUACG